AUGAUUCCAGACUGGGGCCUUGGCUGUCGUCGUAUCACUCCUGGAGAAGGUUACUUGGAGUCAUUCACAAGAUACAACGUCCACCUGGUCAAUAGUUCCGUUGUGAGGGCAUCUGCAGACUCGAUCACCACUGCAGAUGGACAGACUUUCAAAGUCGAUGUAAUCGUGUGCGCAACAGGGUUCGAUGUGUCUCUCCGACCACAGUGGAACAUGUUCGGCAGAAAGAAUGUGGAUCUGCGUAAGGAGUGGGAAAUUGAUCCUGAAUCAUAUCCAUACUCAUCAACUCCAACCUUUGUGUGGGAUUUCGCUGAUUGGCCUAACGCUGUUGUUGCCCAUGGCUCGUUGCUCGAGGCUGUGAACUGGACGGGCGAAUACAUCCUGAAAUGGAUCCGAAAGAUCGCAACAGAAAAUAUAAAGUUCGUUGUUCCAAAGUCAAGUGCAGUUGAUGAACUCAUUAGAUAUGGCGACAACGUUCACAAGAAACUCAUAUGGUCUGAUGGAUGCUCAAGUUGGUUCAAGCGAAAUACAGUCCACGGCCGAGUGACCGCAGCUUUCGCCGGAAGCGCUCUUUUAUUCCGCCAAUUAAUUAGUGAUCUGCGACCUGAAGAUUUCGAAAUUGAAUACAGGGGUGAAAACAGAUGGAGUUUUAUGGGCAAUGGAUUCACGAAGUACGAAUUAGACGCCUCCAAUGAUCUGGUCCCACCGAAACAGGAGCGCAGGAAAACGCAUGCUCGAAAACCAUAUCCCGGCUUGUUGGUGGCGGCAACUAACGUUGUUUCCGAAACAUCGCCAAUAGUAGUCGAAACCGAUCCAGAAUACGCCGAAAGAGAUGCAGUGGAAGGCCAGGGUCAUUUGGAUGGCACAUCACCGUACCUGCCAAAGCGGAAUGCUCAUAUCGACGACCAGUCAGGAAGCAUCACUGACGACCAGACGAUUACUGCAACACAUGCCCGGAACAAGGAGAACAAAGGGUUCAAUUGGUAUGCAGCUGCAACUCAAAGCGUCCCUUUACCACUCUCUCCCGAGGCUUCCAUCGGGCUAUCGGCUUCUGGACUGAGCCUUUCGGAGGUGGACAAGUCGGCUAACAGCAAAUCCCUCCCUUCAUGGUUGAGACCGGUGCCUUCUCAUAUCUCUGCAGAGGAUGUAGACUACCUUCGUCGCAAGGGCGCUCUACUGGUUCCGGAACAAGAAUUGAGGGACGAGUUACUCAAGAAUUACAUUCAGUUUGUCCAUCCAGGACUACCGUUGCUUGACCUUGGUGCAUUCCAAGCGAGUAUACGAGAACCCCACCGUCACGGGACAACCAGUUUACUUCUCUUUCAAGCAGUCAUGUUUGCCGGUGCUGCUUGGGCGGAUAUUAAAAUGGUGCGGCGCUUGGGUUAUUGGACACGAGUCGCAAUCCGCAGGGCCUUCUACACAAAGGCAAAAGUGCUGUACGAUCUGAGCUAUGAGCAAGAUCGAUUAGUGCUCGUUCAAGCACUGACUAUUAUGACUAUCUGGUGGGAUGGUCCGAGCGAACAGAAGGAUGGCUACUACUACUGUAGCCUUGCACUCGGUAUGGCCAGAUCGAUCGGACUACAUCGAGACGUGCACAACCAGACUCUUUCACCUAGCCUCAGAAGCCUUCGAAGGCGAGUGUGGUGGUCCUGUCUGAUGCGUGAUACGAUUACUUCCUUGGGAGGCAAUCGCGGCCCCCGAGUCAAAGAUUCCGAUUACACAUUACCGGAGCUCACCCUGGAAGAUUUCGAUCUCCGUGAGCCAAGCUCUGCUCAAACGCCCUGGGCGCCUUCUACAGAUAUUGCAUCGCAGAGACAGCUGGCUACUAUGUGUAUCUGGCAGAUGAAACUCUGUCGGAUCAUAAGCCGAGUACUUGAACUUGCAUACGAUGAGAACCCAACUGGCCACACUGGCAUAUUGUAUCCUAGGCAAGACUCGGACGCUAUUGGUGAAGCUUGCACGCAACCUCGGUCGGCGUCCUCCAUGGCUAUUGAGAAAUUGCAGGCUUGUGAGGACGAUCUCCGUUUCUGGAGGGAAAAUGUUCCAGGAAACGUUCUACACGAGAGCCCUCCUCCGAUUCUUUAUUCUUCACAUGAGCAAGCACCAUACGUCCACCGUGCGCUUUUGUCGAUGUUAUACCAUGUGACGGUAUUUAGUCUACAUCGUCCAUAUAUUCGCGCUACCACCGGACUAAAGGCAUCGAGAAGCAUCGGAGAUCAAGCAUCGUGUACACCACAUCAGAUGAUGCGCUACGCCGCGGCCUGUGGAAACAAGAUCGUCAUGGAGCUAUAUCAGGUAGAUCUGAUGCGAUGCUUGCCUGCAACUGGAAUAAGUUGUAUUCUUGCUAUCAGUUUCAGUCAUGUCUUUGAUCUGCAGUCUCAAGAAGCUCAAGUUCGACGCGAUGGGACACGAAAGCUCGAGGAGUGCAAGCAGGCGCUCCGAGAAUUGACAGAUGCUCAUUCUGCCGCAGAAUGGGCUAUCAAAUUUUUGACAUCCGCAGCAGCCUACGUCACUCGGAUUAGUAGCGUCCGGCGCAGGAACACUUCAAUGAGCCAGAUUGCAGAUCCGAUGGAACUAUCACAUGAAGAACCCUCAAGUCAUCCAGCAAUGCGCAGUGAAGUACCUGAGGUCCAUACGGGUAUUGUGAUCGGGGUUGGCGAUGCUACUGAUUUGGAUACAGUGGCAUUGGAGCAAGGUCCCACAGCGCACGACUGGCAGCAUGGUAUGGAUGACACGUCAAUCGAAGACAACUACCGGUUUUCAUCUAAUCCUGACCUGGUACUACCUGAUGAGCUCACAAGCUAUCCAAACUUCCCCGAUGUUUGGUUCGGCGGCAUCGGCGAUCCCUUCGACUCUUUCAACAAUGUGGUGGGAGGUAAUGAAAUCUUCGACGGAAAUGUUUAA